CACCUAGCGGAAAAGAUCUAAACUGUUCUGUCAAGAUGGCCUCCGAACGUACGUUUCCCUACGUACGAAGUGUAUCCACUUAUACCGUAGUUUUUGACCUCCUAUAGCAUGCAGUGCAGAUUUAAAACGUUUAGGUUUGAACGGAAGGACAAUAAAGAGCCCGUGGAAGUGAAAACACCAGAGGUGCUGGACCCCAGCUAUGGUAUGUACACCUGGCCCUGUGCUGUGGUACUGGCACAGUUUGUCUGGCACAACCGUUCACAGGUGGCAGGCAGACAUGUUCUGGAGCUUGGUGCUGGCACCAGCCUUCCCGGAAUCCUAGCGGCCAAAUGCGGGGCUAUUGUCACCCUGACCGACAGCUGCCACCUGCCACGCUGCCUGGAAAACUGCAGAAGGAGCUGCGAGGUCAACGACAUGUCAGGGGUCAAGGUGCUUGGUGUGACCUGGGGUCAAGUGUCACCAGCUAUGCUGACCCUGCCACCUGUGGAUAUCAUCCUCGGGUCUGACUGUUUCUAUGAUCCAAAAGAUUUUGAGGAUGUCCUUGCCACAGUGUACUUCUUCUUACAGAAGAACCCACAAGCCAAGUUCUGGACAACUUAUCAGGAGAGAUGCUCUGAUUGGUCAAUUGAGUCCCUCCUGAAGAGGUGGAAACUGACGUGUGUCCACAUUCCACUUGCCUUAUUUGGAGCUGACAGCCCGUCGUUAGGCGGGUCCGAUCUUCCCGGCAACCACACUAUACAGAUGCUACAGAUCACAUCUACAUGUAGCUGACAGGAAUCAUUUUCUAGACUAGGGAUUGAAUAUCAUAAUACUUUAUUAGGAAAACAGCAAAAUAUUUUUACAACAGGAAUGCAAUAACAGAUGCAAUUAAUAUGUGCAAUUAAACUAAUGCAAACAACACCUGUGCAGUGUAUUUUUGACAUGGCUGCAUUCUUGGAAAACUUUUGAGGUAUAGAUGCAACUAAAUAGGCCACUACUAGCUGCACGACCAAAACCUCUGCUUGUAGAAUAUAUACAAUGUACUACAUUCCAAGUCGUAUGUCAAAGUUCUAAGAUCUUUUGCUUUUACCUAAGGAAUAUCCAUACAUGUAGAAUGUAGAUGAUAUAAAAAAAUAUGAUAUGGGUGUAAGGAUAUUUAUUUUCAAUUUGUACAUCAUUUCUUCAAAAGAAUGUCAUUGAAAUAAAGAAAAUUUA